ACACUGAAUUAUUUUCAAAGUGACAAUUUGCUGUGAGAUAUGUAACAACCACUGUUCUAAACCAAUCUAAGCUAUUGUUAACUAAGAUCUCUCUUGUAAAAUGUAGGAAUUAAAAUGGAAGAGGCACCAGACAGUAAUCCAGAAAUUGCGGAAGAGAUUGCAGCUCCUGAGCCUGUUGCCCCUGAAGAUGAAGAUGUACAACCAUCUUCUGCAAAGGAUGCUCAACCUGAGCCAGAAGACCUUGUUCCGCCAGAGAGUAUGGAGCCUAGCCUUGGUCCACAAGAGGAAGAGACAGCCCCAGCUACUAGGGAGGGUUCAGGAGGUUCUGAUCGUUCUCGGUUUCGAGGCACUACUCGACUAGGUGCAGAACCCUCAAGCCGAAGGAUGUCCAAAUUCCGCCGGAGCACCAGCGGACUCCAAUCGCUACAGGAGACUCUGAAGGAGAAGCAGGCACGAUUCAAAGAAGCAAGAGAAGGCCGAAGGAUGAAAAUUAAUUCUGCAUACAAAUAUAUAUUUGAGAUUCUGUCAGAAAAACUUGGAUUAGAUAUUGUAACCAUAGAAGAAUUAAUUUUAGAUGGCCCAACAUUAGAACCAUUUGACAGCUUUUUUGCCAAAGAUGGAGCCAGAACCCUGAAAUUAAUUUAUCAGGAGGGUGAUGCUCCUGGUGUAGGUAAAUGUUAA